AUGCUCCGCAACGUCCCCAAUCGAUACACUUGCGAGGAGCUCCUGGCUGAGAUCAUGAACGCAGGAUUCGACCACAUGUUCGAUUUCUUCUACCUUCCCAUCGAUUUCACCACCAAGCGAAACCGUGGAUAUGGAUUUAUCAACUUCCACUCGAGCGCGGAGGCGGAGGAGUUCGCACUGGCCUUCCACCAUCGUCGCCUGAACCGCUACCCAACCAGCAAGAUCUUGGAGGUGGCGCCAGCAAAGACGCAGGGCUAUCAGGCGAACAUGUCCAAGUACUUCAAGAAGCCGGGCAGCGCUCGCGUCAAGAACGCCUAUUUCAAGCCCAUGCUCUUCACGGAGGAUGCCGAGUUAACAGACUGA